AUGUUUCAUGCCUUGCCGGCCCUGCUGCUGCCUUCGUGUCUGUGCGGCGCCAAUUCAACCUCAAUGGACCCAAAUCCCACCUCGGAAUCCUCGGCGGCGCCGCCACUGUCGAGUGCCACCCACCUGACUCGCUGUGAGCUCCUUCGGCGUCGUUUGCAGAACCUGAACCUCCUUUCGAGGCACUACAGAGACCUCUACUGGACUCUCAUUCACCACCUCUUCACUCUUUACACCACUCAGUAUCCCUUCUCCCCUUUCGAAGAUGACUCAAUUCCCCAACCUCAGCCCCAACCCUGUGCUUUUCAGGGUUGUCCUUCCAACGCCAUGCCUUUGACCUCCUUCUGCCAUCUUCACAUCCUUUCUGAUCCAAGGCAGCUGCUUUACCAGCCAUGCACUUAUGUUAUCCAAAGUGCACAAGAUGGACGACCUAUAACUUGCAUGAAACCUGUAACGAGAUCAACUGUUCCACCUCUCUGCCCUGACCACUUUGAAAAGGCUCAGAAGCAUCUCAGCAGGACCUUGAAGAUGGCAGGGCUCAAUACUCCCUCAACAACUAGAAUCGCUCCUAAACUUCAUGUCAUACUGACACAAUAUGUUCGUCACAUUCAAGACAAAAGACUGAAGAAUCUGAAGGAAAAGGAGAGUCCAACUGUGGAUCAGAACGAUGAAAAUGAUAUAGCUGAAGUGGAUGCAAACAUGAAACUGAUAUAAAUUAAAGGUCCUCUUUGUAGGUACAAAUACUAGAAUUGUAGCAUUGUUGCCCUUUUACCAAAAACCAUUACAUAAACUUGUUAAGCUCUUCAGAAUAAUGAUUAAAUAAAGAAAAGAAAUAAAAUAAAAUUAAAUAAAUUGUGGUCA